UUUCUUCUAUAAAAGCAUAGUGUGUGUGAUAAAGAAAGGGGUGGGUGGGUGGACAAGCGUGAAACUUCUUUUCUUUCAGAUAAAUCCCCUCUCUUUGCUUCCUUAUUUUGGGUUUCUUCUGUUUCUCUCUCUAAAACUAUCAGUGUCUAGAGAGAGAGAGAGAGUGAACACAGACAUGUUAUUGUUACACAACCUCUGUAUCUCCAAUUUACUGUAAAGAUAAUGAAUAGUGUCUCUUACAUUUUCUUCUCACAAGAAGAUGGUGUCAAAACAACAAAAUGUGCCUCCCCAAAACCCUAUCUUUGCUAUUGAAGAUGCCCUUUUUUGUGAUGAACAACAACAAGAUUUUGAUUUUGGAUAUGGGUUUGGUUCAUUAGAGGUUUUAGACCCAGAAGAUCAAAUCUUGAAGGAUAAAGAUUCAAACUUUACUCAUUUUCAGCAACAUCUUUCAUGGGAAGAAGAUGAGCUUUAUACACUUUUAACUAAAGAGAAACAUAUCCAAUUGGGCUGUGAUGAAUCUUUAAUGUGUUUGAGAAAAGAAUCUGUUGAUUGGAUUAAUAGAGUCAGCACUCAUUAUGGCUUUGUUGCCUUGACAACUGUUCUGGCUGUUAAUUAUUAUGAUAAGUUUUUGAUGACUGCUUCAUUUCAGAAAGAUAAGCCAUGGAUGCAUCACUUGGUUGCUGUGGCUUGUCUUUCUUUAGCUUCUAAAGUUGAAGAGAUCCAAGCUCCUCUGCUUUUGGAUUUGCAAAUGCAAGGGUCAAAAUUUGUGUUUGAGUCAAAGACUGUUAUGAAGAUGGAACUCUUGGUGUUGUCUUGUCUUGAAUGGAAGAUGAAUCCAGUAACCCCUCUUGCGUUUUUCGAUUACGUUAUGCGUAGGCUCGGUUUAAUGACUCGGAGUCUACAUUAUGAGUUUCUGCGGCGGUGUGAGCGGAUUCUUUUAUCUGUUAUUAAUGAUUUGAGGUUUCAGGGGUUUCUUCCUUCUGUGAUGGCGGCUGCUAUAAUGUGCAUUGUUAGCAAGGAGAUUGAGCCGGAUAAUGCAUUCGAUUACCGAAAUCAGCUUAUGAAUAUUCUUAACAUCAGUGAGGAAAACGUAGAAAAAUGUUCAAAAUUCAUCAUGGAUGUAUCAAAUAAUCAUGGAAGUUGUUAUUUCCAAACUCCCAAACGGAAAUACUCUUCGGUUCCCAGCAGUCCAAUUGGUGUAGUUGAUACAUAUUUCAGCAGCGAUAACUCUAACAACUCGUGGGCAAUUGCCUCAUCGGUUUCACCAUCACCCGAAGUUCAGUUCAAGAGAUUCCGACCUCAAGAGCAACAAAUGAGAUUGACUCCAGUUAACCGAACCCCCAUUAAUCCGCUUUCUUUUUAAGUAUCGUAUUUAAUUUACAAUCUCUUCUUGGACGUUUAUUCGCUAUAGUAUGUUGUUAUGGUGCUAUUUGAUUUGGAUAUGUGAAGUCACAUUGAAUCGAAAAGAUUCGAAAAGUUGGCUCUAAUUUGGCUUGUCCGUUCGGUACCGUUUAUAUAUCAAUUCGUGUAUGUUCUUUGUUGCUUAUAGGUACUAAUGUAAGGAUGAUACUUUUUCCAUUUUUUAUAUGGAAUUAUGCUACUUGUUGAA